AUGUUGUCCUCUGCAAAGGGCAUAAAUACUGUGUAUAGGAGUGGCGGUGGUGGUGAUGGAACAGAAUCACCAAGAAAGCUAGAGAUCUUUACUGCUAAUAUUGACGGUGCUGGACAUGUACCUCCUGCAAGUAUUGACUUAAAUAAUGCAACUUCUACUACUACUGCUGAUUCCAUCUUGUUCUCCCUGGAUAACAAUGAGAAAGUGAUCGUUUUCAGUGAUGCUGCUGAAAAAUGCGCAACAAUGGUGCUUUCCGCAGUAUUUGAGGGUAUGUCACUGAAGCUGGAUAACACUUGUCCCCUAUCCAGUGUAGUACCGGAACCGGAUUUUGUUACUACAUCCAAGAAGUUAUUGGAGGGUGCCAAGUUCAAUGCAUCUAAGCACUGUGCAUAUUCAUUAAGCAAGUCAGAUUUAAUAGAAUUGAAGCGUAGUAUCGUUAAAUCAGAUUUCAAACCCGUGCAAGACCCACUGUCAAUAUCAAAACUAAGGAAAAACUGUUCCGUUGAUUACCAUCCAUGGCAUAGUCCCAUAUUUGAAAUUAGUAGUUUGGAUUCCUCACGAUAUAUCUGCGAGAGUCUUGUCGACAAAUCAUCUUAA